UUCCCAUCCUUCAGAAUGCCGUUAUAUAAAAUGGCGCUGCUCACGACCAUUGCAGACUGGGCGAAGCAACGCGUUCUCUUCAGGUUUCUGACUUUAAGCAAAGCUGUAAAAUUGUCGAUGACAUUUUCGAUCACGUCUGAAAGUAUACCUCGGUCUUCUAAAGCUUUAGUUUAUUCAGAAUAUGGCGACCCAAGUAAGGUUAUCAGUCAACACGAUUAUCCACUACCAGAAUUCAACAGAGAAAGUGUUUUUCUAAAAAUGUUGGCUUCACCUGUCAAUCCAGCUGAUUUGAAUGUGCUUCAAGGUGGGGAGUGCAAUUGAUACCAUUAUAUGCUUGCCUUCCCCCC